CGUAGCUCAGGGAGAGUAUAAAAGAGCCCUCGCUGCACCGCACAGCCAGCGCCGCUGCCGCUGCUCUCCUGCUCACAUCGCUGUCGGAGGAACCCCACGACCAUCUGUUGUGAGAUGAAGACCGACCUGGAGCUCGCGCUGGAGUGCGCCAUCAACAUCUACCACCACUACGCCAUCCGGAACCCAAUGGAUGAUUACCUGAGCCGGAAUGAAUUUGCCACGCUGCUGAAGGAGAACGCCAAGCCUUUCCUCGCCGACACCGUGCCGCCCAACACGUCUGUUGAUGAGUACAUCAAGCAGCUCUUUGCCAAAUCUGACAGCAACCACGAUGGCCGCUUGAAGUUCACCGAGUUCCUCACCACGCUCAGCCUCGUGGCCAUCGAUGCCCACAACCGGUCCCACAAGAAGCCUGGGGACCAUGGCCAUGACCAUGGACAUGGCCACGAUCAUGGACAUGGCCACAGCCACAGCCAUGGCCACGGUCCCCACCAUUAAGGCCGUUCCUGCAGAGCUGUGCUCCUCCAGCAGCAGCAUCUCCCCCGUCUGCCCAUGAGCACACAACCAAGGCUGCUCUCUCUGCCUCUGCCUAUGACACUGAAAUAAAUUGUUUUUCUCUGUGC